AUGACUUCACUUGUUUCUUUGACGACUUCAUAUCUUGCUGCGGAGAUUGGCAAACUCAUUGAUGAUGCCGACUACGAUGCCGAAGAAACGUUUGAGAAUGUACCAAGUCUACUGUCGAGCAACUACUAUGGCAGACGGUUUCGUACUAGGUGCGUUCUACUAAGUCUCCCUGUCAGCAAGACCAAGUUGCGGUAA